AUGGCAUUGCAGCAGCCGCUGCUGGCCGGCCCGGGCGGCGGCGACGUGGAGGACGGGUCCCUCCAGCCCCUGCAACCGAAGUCAGAGCCCGACAGCCAUCGCCAUGGUGAGGUUAUGAUCGGCAUCAACGGCCUGGCCUCGGUGGCCUACACCAUCGCCGCGGCCGCCUGCGCGCGCGCGGUGCGAACCUCGCUCGCCUGCCACGGCGUCUCCGCCGGCGCCGGCGCGGCCAACUGCGGCGACCAGGCCGCGUUGUGGCGGGAGAUCGCGGCGUUUGGUGCCGCGCAGCUGGCCGCCUCGCAGCUGCCCUCCCUGGAUGAUGCAGCCUGGUCCUCGGCCGUCGGUGCCGCCACCUCCCUCGUCUACUCCCUCGCCGCCCUGGGCCUCAGCCUGCUGCACGGUGAGCGGCCCGUGAGGGAAAAGCGCGAGGGGCCUUGCAAGCCGCUGGGCCUGGACGCCACGGAGCGGCGGGGGACGAGCACGGGCAUCCCCGCCGCGACGGCCGAGGAGAAGACGCUGGGCGCGCUGAGCGCGCUGGGCGGCAUCGCUUUUGCGCUGGCCUUCCCCACCGUGCUGGUGGAGCGCGCCAUCGCCGGCUCCCUCCUGGUCUCCUUCCUCCUCUACAUGGGCGUGGGCGUGGCAGGCUACGCGGCGUUCGGCAACGAGGUGCCGGACAACGUGCUGGCGAUCCCCCACAUCGGCCCCACCUGGGUGCUGGUCGUGGCCAAUUGCGCGGUCAUCCUGCACCUCCUCUCUGCCUACCAGGUGUACAGCCAGCCUGCCUUUGCCGCGCUGGAGCGCGCCCUGCUGCCGGCACGGGAUCCGCUGGGGGCCACCAAGGCGGGGCAGGCCCUCGUCGUUUCAGAGACACACCCUGUCGUCACGCCAGACCACAGCGAGCCCGCCUGGCCCGCCCGCCUCGUCCUGCGCAGCGCCUACGUCGUGCUGGCGACGGCGCUGGCGGCCCUGCUGCCCUGCUUCUCCCAGAUCCUGGGCCUCAUAGGUGCCCUCCUGUUCUGGCCGGCAGGCGUCUACUUCCCCAUCACGCUCUACCUGCAAGUGACGGGCCGGCGCGGCUGGCAGCGGUGCGUCCUCCUGACCCUCACCAUCCUGCUCUUCUUCGUUUCCCUGGCCGUGGCGGGAGCGGCAGUACACGGGCUGGUGCUGGAGGUGCUGAGGAAGUGA